AUGCCCCUCUCUGCGCCCUCCGCCGGCAAACGUGAAGCGGGGGUUGUUAGGGCGAAAUCCACAUUGCUUCUGGCGACGGGGUCUGCAGUUCGCAAAGGAGUGGGUGGGCCUUCUACCGUCCAGCAGCCCGCUACGGCUACGCCACGCGGCAGCAGCAUGAACAGCGGCACCAACAGUCCAACGUUCGGUGCAGCAGUGGGUGUUCCCUUGGCAUUUCUGCAGCGCAACCGUCGCGCUGCGGCAGCCAAGAGCAGCCUGUACACCCGAAGCAUCAAGGAUCUGGUGUACAUGGACUUUGCGAUCGGCAGCAAAUACGCAGGACGCGUCCUAAUUGGCCUCUACACUGACGCCGUUCCACUGAGCGCCGAGAACUUUAUUCAGCUCUGCCAAGGGUUCAAAGUGCACGACAAGAUCCUUGGAUACAGAAACACCCAGGUUCACAAGGUGCAGCAGGGAGUGGCCAUGCUUGCGGGGGAUGUGCUGACAGGGUGCGGGGGAGAAGGCCUCUCCAUAUACGGCAAGAAGUAA